AUGGAACUUGAAUCACAAAUUGCCAAUCCGACUAUCUUUUCCGAAACAAUGUACUAUGACAUAUAUUCUCCUCCCCAUUACCCUUACAAAAACAACACAGAAAACGAAGAUGUGAAUGUACUGAACAACAAUGUUAGCAAAUCGGACAUUGGUAUGGAUAGUCUGGAAGUUGUGAAUCGAAAUAUCACACAUAUGGUUAAUUUUCCAUUGAAUGUGAUGCCUCCACCACCUCAUAAGAUGUCUCAGUACAAUAACAAUAAUAAUAACAGUAAUACUGUCAAGAGAUAUCAACCUAGAGACUCUACAAGGCCAAGAGACAAUUACAGGCCUAUUUCCCCCAAAGGAUAUGACAGUGAUGAAAGUAGCACUUCCUAUUCUUCAAGAGGAUCUCCCACAGAUAACAGGAAUAGAAUAAGGUAUUAUAACAAUUCAAGAUGUGGGACAAAUAGAUUAAGUGAUCAGACCAUGGUGUUUGGGAAAUACAGUCAAAGUUCUCCAAAUGUUUAUCAUACUAGCUUACAGUACUCUUCUGAUAUACAACAUGGUAUUCAUAAUAAUGGACAUCACCACAAAAAUAGAUAUUACACGAAUAGCAACAACUCUUCUUCCCCUUGCAACAAUGGCUCGACGAAUGUCCGGCAGAGCAAACAUAACCACAAUGGUAACCACGUUUACCACAAGCAGCAUGGCAUGGAUGUUAUGGUGAAGCGAGCGCACGGAUUGGUGGAACGCUUCAAGUCGCGUUCCGAUUUGAUGCGUAUCGAGCCUAACCCGCCAGGACUGCUAAACGGCGGCCCGUGGGACGGGCUUAACCAGGCCGUGUGGGACGUAUUUAGUAGCAAAGCGCAAAAAGAGAAGACGUACGAGAGCAAGAUCAGCUUGUGGAAGAAUAUAUUUUUGUACAUCAGGAAAUGUUUGAACAGUUAUGGAUUAUUCAUGGUGGGUUCAACGAUGUCCGGUUUCGGUUUGGAAAGCAGCGAUAUAGAUAUGUGUUUGCUUACGAAACCGUGUACAAAUGAUCCUCGGUUAGAUGCCUUGCAUCAUUUGAAUUCCAUAAGGCAUCUUCUAUUGAAAUACGAGCUGACAGUCGAUCCAGAAUUGAUCCUAGCCAAAGUUCCUAUAUUGAAAUUCAAGGAUAAAGAGACCGGUUUCGAGAUUGAUUUGAAUUGCAAUAAUUCUGUAGGCAUCCGCAACACUCAUCUGUUACACUGCUAUGCUCGUUUGGAUUGGAGGGUACGUCCUUUGGUAGUCAUCGUGAAAUUGUGGGCUCAAGCCAACAAAAUAAAUGACGCCAAGAAUAUGACGGUCUCCAGUUAUUCCUGGGCUUUGAUGGUCAUCCAUUUUUUGCAAUGCGGCGUUACCCCUCCCGUACUCCCCUGCCUGCACGGUCUCAUCCCGGAAAAAUUCAACUCGGACAGCGUCAACCACUCGAUGGACGUGCAAGAAGAAAUAGCAACCGUCAAGGAUUUCCGCUCGGAUAACCUAGCUACCUUGGGCGAACUGCUGGUAGGCUUCUUCCGCUACUACGCCUCGUACAAUUUCCAACAGUACGCCAUUUCGGUUCGGGCCGGUUGCAGCCUGUCCAUAGACGAAUGUCGGUACGCGAAAGCGCCAAAAAACGAUCCCCACCAAUGGAAAUACCUGUGCAUCGAAGAGCCUUUCGAUUUGACCAAUACGGCUCGCUCUGUGUUCGACGCGGAGGCGUUUAAGCACAUCAAAACUUUGAUAGGCUCCGCCUACGCGGAAUUGGACGAAUCGAAGACGCUCGACAACCUGUUGCCGGUGGUGGGGGAAGAUGGUGAAGAGGGGAGAUGA